AUGACCGACCGAAGCGCUGGUGGCCGCCGGAGGAGGUCUAGCAGCAUCCUCCAGGUCUACCACGAGCCCCCCGAGACGCUUGAGCAGAUGAGCGAUCAGGCUGUUAUACCGAACAUGAACGCCAACUGGACAAACGCAAAAGGGGCCUGGACUAUCCACAUCGUCAUCAUCGCCUGCCUCAAGAUCCUCUACGAUGUUAUCCCGGGCAGUUCCCAGGAAGCUUCGUGGACGCUGACCAAUAUGACGUACAUGGUCGGCUCCUACAUCAUGUUCCACUACGUUCGAGGCAUUCCCUUUGACUUCAACGGCGGUGCCUUCGAUAACCUCAACAUGUGGGAGCAGAUCGACAACGGAGCCCAGUACACACCGACCAAGAAGUUUCUCCUCAGUGUCCCUAUCGUGCUAUUUUUACUCAGCACACAUUAUACCCACUACGACUCAACAUACUUUGUCAUUAACUUCCUUGCUACGCUGGCUGUUGUCAUUCCGAAGCUACCAUUUAGCCACCGAAUGCGAUUCAGCUUCUUUUCAGACAUUCCAGAAGAAGAGUGA